UGGAUGUUUACUCAUGUAUGUGGUGAACAUUAUGGGCAGUAAAGGGCAUUUUUGAAGACUCCAAAAAGAGCAAAACUAUGAAGGACUGGGCACAGUCAGCACAAUGGACUGACACCCGCCCCUUUAGCCAAAUCCUGUCAGGUGGUACACAAGACAACAGUGACCUCACUUUGAGUGUUGCAGGUCCACGUACCUCUAGGAAAGGCAAAAAGGGUGGAUCAGGCCGUGCACGUGCCUAUGUAGACAUCCCGAAGGAACCAGAUUAUGACAAUCUGCCAAAGCCAAAGCAGGCCAUGAACAAGAAACAGCGUGAUCAUAUGGCCAGGAAGCGUCAACUGCGUGACUGUAGCCAGGCGAGGAAUGGCCUGGCACAAGGACAGCAGAGAGCAGGUAUCUCCAACACCGUCAACGCAGUGGACAUUCCUCUGCAGUACCAGUCUGACAGCGGUGAAGAGACCCCAACAUGCUGGUUUUUCAUUGUCAAACUGUGUCGCUGCUGUGCUAAACGGCUAUUUAAGAGAAGAGCGACAAGAGAAAGAGAAGAGGAGAGGCUGAGGGAACUCAGACUUCUGGAGGAGGAGAAACUGAAGGAACUGCAGAGAAAGUUUCAGGAGGCCAAGGAGCUGCAGAGAAAGUUUCAGGAGAUCAAGAAGAGAGAGAAGAGGAGGCUGGAGGAGGCUGCAAUGAAAUUUGAGAUGAGGAGAAAGGGAGAGGAAGAGGCUAAGAAAGAACAGCAACUGCUACAACAGCAGGUAGUGCAGGACAAGACAUCUGAUCAGUGGAAUUGCGGGCUGACAAAGGAAGAGAUGGAGGAAUUGGAGAUGCUCAAGCAGCUGGAAAAGAGCCUUUCUCUCCAGAUUCUUGGACUUGAACAGUGGCAGGCCGGAUAUGAAGAAAGAACAGCAACUGCUAAGAAAGAACAGCAACUGCUUCCUGGACUUCAACAGUGGCAGGGCAUGCCUGCACCAUUGACCAGCAGCACUGAUGAUGAGGUAAUGGAGAGGCAACACCUACGCACUAAACACCAGCAGAUGACAUCGAGAGAGAUUGAGAGAAUGGCAGACAUGGCGAGGAAGAGAGAGAAUGAAAAACAGGACGAAUGGAGCGGAUCAGUGGAGGAUGAGAGUGUGGAACUUGAACUGAACUGGCAGUAUCAGCUUAAGUUGCAGCGGAAUGCAGCGGAAAUGGAGCACAGAUUUGAUUUGAAGAGAAAUGUGCUGCUCAACAGGCACAAGGAAACAAUGAGGGAGCUUGACAAUCAAUGGCAGCUGCAGUAUAAUGCAAAGAAGAAGGAAAUGGAACAAUAUCAAGAGAGACGAAGAGAAAUGGCUAAGAGACGAGAGGAGGAAUUGUCAAGACUGAUUGAACAGCAGCAGAACAUUAAGAGAGAAGCAGAUAAUUGGAAAGUCAAAAAAUGCCGCAUUGCAGAGCCAAAGCCACAGAGACAGAGCAAUGGAGAGACCACCAUGAGGGAACAAUUGGAGAACGCGGUGCACAGGGCAAAAAAUGAGCAUCAGAAACAAACGCGAUCAGAUCAGGAAAAAUUGCACAAGAUGAAAGAGCAGCUUAUGUCCAUGAGGCAAAGAUUUGAGAAGGGGAAAAAGAUGGUGGAAGAGAGAUAUGAAAAAAGGUGGAAGAGAAUGGAGGAAGAAAGGCAGAAGGAAUGGGAUGAAAGGGUGCUUGAGCUCAACAGAAGGCUGGGACAGGAGAGGCAAAAGCAAGAGGUGUUGAAGAUGCACAAGGAACACAACAUCCCUAAAGAGGCUCUCACUCGAAUGAAAAUACCAUCCAAGCCUGGAAGGAAAGAAACAACCAUGGUGGAAGAGACAGAUGAGGAAACAGAGCUGGAAAAAGUAGUGUUGAAACCGCACAUCACAAAAAAAACGCUCUCUCGAGUGGAAAUACCAUCCAACCCUGAAAAGAAGGGAACAAUGAUGGAGAACAUCAGCAAAAUGGAGCAGAACAUCAUGAAAGAUUCACACACUGAGACGGCUGAGGACAGAAAACUGGACAAAUUGGUGUUGAAGCUGCACAAAGAGCAGGACAUCGCAAAAGAGGCUCUCACACAAAAGCAAAUACCAUCCGAGCCUGAACAGAAAGAAGUAACCAUGGAGGAAGACACAGAUGAUGAAAGAAAACUAGACAAAUUGGUGCCUCACAAGGAGCAGAACAUCAGAAAAGAGGCUCUCACACAAACAGAGAUACCACCGAAGCCUGAUAAGACAGAAAUAAUGAUGGAGAACAUCAGCAAGAUGGAGCAGAAUACCGCAAAAGAUUCAGUCACACUAGCGGAAAUAGAGGUUGAACAGACAGAAACAACCAUGGUGGAAGAGACGGAUGAGGAAAGGGAGCUGGAGAAAGUGGUGAACAGUGAAUGCGUUGAAGAAAUCGGACAUAAUGUAGACAAAAGAGACCACAAAGAGGUAGAUUUCCAAGACGGGCAAAACACUCUGGAGGAUCAUCAAUCAUCCAUGAAAGACAAUAGAAUCCAGAAAGAACAAAACAACUCUACAGAGUAUGAAGUAGAAAAUGAUAAAAGAAUGGAGUGCUUAAAGGAAACAAGGCAGGACAUCAUCUAUAAAGCAGACUUGCUGAAAUUGACAAAAAAGAGUCAGUAA